CAGGAAGUGGACUGUCAUUCUGGCUGUGUCCUUGUUAGCUAACGAGCUAGUUAGCUAGCAGGCAAAUGUGUACUAUUUGGAAAGAUGAAUUAAACUGUACCUGAAGAGUAGAUUUGAAAGAGUUUUGUGCUUAGCCGCUGCUAAUAACAGCGCCAUGUUGCGUGUCGGGAGCAAAGCCGCCUGCCUGGCCUGCAGGAACCUGGUUUCCACCAACAUGGGGGUGAGAUUCCGGGUACCGCUGCAGAAGCUACACCCUCUGUCCCGUGCCAUCCACCACCGCUAUUCGGGAAACACCAACCCUCAGCGACCUCCUCAUCGCACGGCAGCCCGCUAUUUCACCUCCAUGUCACGGUUGCCCAUGCGGCCACCCAAGCCUCCCCCUGGGUCAGGGGGCCGUAACUACCAGCAGCAGCGCAACUUCUGGGUGGCCCGCCUUGCUGCUAGGCUGCUGAAGCUCCGAUACAUUCUGCUGGGCACGGCAGUGGGAGGAGGGUACACAGCUAAAAAGACCUAUGAGGAAUGGAAGGACCUGCUGCCUGAUUUUAGUGAAUACAACUGGGUCAUUCCUGAUUUUGUCUGGGAACUGAGUGAACAAAUUGAUCUUGAUAAACUGGCCAAAGCUCUACCAGAGAUCGAAGAAAUAGCCAAACUACUACCUGACCUAGACAAGAUAGGAGAGAACUUCACUUUCCUUAAAAGCCUCUUGUCCUCUGGUGUGAGUUUGGGUAGUGAAGUCAAAGGAGCUGGUCUGCAUCUGUUGUUAGAAACCUCAGGUGAUCCUGCUCUGAAAGCCACAGAUUCUUCUGCUACGGGCGCACAAGAUCCCAGUGACAGGCAGUACAAAAAGGGUCUGCUUGGCGAGCUCAUUCUUAUUCAGCAGCAGAUCCAGCGGCACGAGGAGGAGGUCCGGCGGGCCGCUGCAGCCAAUAAUGCGCGUCCCCCACCGCCAGAGCCUGCUCCCAGUCCGCCUCCGAACCCCAGCCCCCCUCAGCAGAGACGCAAGUCAUCAGACAAAGAAAAGAUAGACCAGCUUCAAGAAGAACUGCUCCGUACACAGCUAAAAUACCAGCGCAUGCUGGAGAGGCUGGAGAAGGAGAAUAAAGAGUUAAGGAAAGUGGUGCUGCAAAAAGAUGAUAAGGGGAUCCACCAAAGGAAAGUGAAGAAAUCCCUUAUUGACAUGUAUUCUGAAGUUCUGGACAUCUUGUCUGACUACGAUUCCAACUACAAUACGCAGGACCACUUACCGAGGGUGGUUGUGGUCGGGGAUCAGAGUGCUGGGAAGACCAGUGUGCUGGAGAUGAUAGCUCAGGCCAGGAUCUUUCCUCGGGGCUCAGGAGAGAUGAUGACACGUUCUCCUGUAAAGGUAACACUAAGUGAAGGCCCCCACCAUGUGGCCCUGUUUAAGGAUAGCGGCCGAGAGUUUGACCUUACUAAGGAGGAGGAUCUCGCUGCUCUGAGGCGUGAGAUUGAGUUGAGGAUGAGGAAGAGCGUGAAGGAGGGACAGACAGUCAGCUCCGAGACAAUAUCCUUGAGUGUUAAAGGCCCUGGCAUCCAGAGGAUGGUGCUUGUUGACUUACCAGGUGUCAUCAGUACGGUGACGACUGGCAUGGCAUCAGAUACCAAGGAAACCAUCUUCAGCAUUAGCAAAGCCUACAUGCAGAACCCCAACGCAAUCAUCCUGUGUAUUCAAGAUGGCAGUGUCGAUGCGGAGCGGAGCAUUGUAACUGACUUGGUUAGCCAGAUGGACCCCCAGGGGAAGAGGACCAUCUUUGUCCUGACCAAGGUGGACUUGGCUGAGAAGAACCUGGCCAGCCCAAGCAGAAUCCAGCAAAUAGUGGAAGGAAAGCUGUUCCCUAUGAAGGCCCUGGGCUACUUUGCUGUGGUGACAGGCAAAGGGAGCAGCGGUGAAAGCAUAGACUCCAUUAAAGACUACGAGGAGGACUUCUUCCAGAACUCCCGAUUACUGAGGGACGGCAUGUUGAAGGCCCACCAGGUGACCACAAAGAACCUGAGUCUGGCUGUCUCUGACUGCUUCUGGAAGAUGGUUAGGGAGUCUGUUGAGCAGCAGGCCGAUGUCUUCAAAGCAUCCCGUUUCAACCUGGAGACAGAAUGGAAGAACAACUACCCUCGUCUGAGAGAGCUGGACAGGAAUGAACUGUUUGAAAAGGCCAAAAAUGAAAUCUUGGAUGAAGUCAUUAAUUUGAGUCAAGUGACCCCACAACACUGGGAGGCCAUCCUGCAGAAGAAGCUGUGGGAACGUGUUUCCACUCAUGUAAUUGAGAACAUCUACCUGCCUGCUGCCCAGACAAUGGACUCAGGUACCUUCAACACCACAGUAGACAUCAAGCUCAAGCAGUGGACUGACAAACAGCUUCCACACAAAGCACUGGAGAUUGCCUGGGAGACACUGCAGGAUGAGUUUGCUCGCUUCAUGGCUGAAUACAAAGGCAAAGACCAGGACGACAUUUUUGACAAGCUGAAGGAGGCUGUGAAGGACGAGAGUAUUAAAAGACACAAGUGGAAUGAGAGGGCCAUGGACAGCCUGAGGGUAAUCCAGCACAAUGCUCUAGAAGACCGUUCCAUCACAGACAAGCCUCAGUGGGAUGCAGCAAUCCAGUUCAUGGAGGAAACCCUGCAGUCACGCCUCAAAGACACUGAGUCAGUAAUAAGAGACAUGGUGGGUCCAGACUGGAAGCAGAGGUGGCUGAACUGGCAGAAUCGCACACCAGAUCAGCACAUUCGUAAUGAAACAAAGAACGAGCUGGAGCGUUUGCUGAAGCUGCAUGAUGACCACACAGCCUACUUGGCCAAUGAUGAGGUCACCACAGUGAGGAAGAACCUCGAGGGACGAGGGGUUGAAGUUGACCCUGUGCUGAUCAAGGACACGUGGCAUCAGCUGUAUCGCCGGCACUUCUUGCAGAAGGCGCUGUCCCACUGUAACCUCUGCAAGAGAGGUUUCUACUACUACCAGAGACACUUUGUGGACUCAGAGCUGGAGUGCAAUGAUGUGGUACUGUUCUGGAGGAUCCAGAGGAUGCUGGUCAUCACAGCCAACACUCUCCGGCAGCAGCUCACCAACACUGAAGUGCGCCGGCUGGAGAAAAAUGUGAAGGAGGUGCUGGAUGACUUCGGGGAAGACAUGGAGAAGAAGACCCAGCUCAUCACUGGCCGCCGAGUCCAGCUGGCUGAGGAUCUCAAAAAAGUUCGCGAGAUCCAGGAGAAACUUGAAGUCUUCAUAGAAGCUCUUCACAAGGAGAAAUAAGAGAACUAGAACUAUUGAAAGUACAUUUUUGGAUCACAGCAGAGAAAUGCACUGAGCAAAGACAAGGAAAUCUGUAAAUCAUCACCCCCUGGCCCUGCCUCACCACUCACCUGAUUUUAAUGUCCCUGGCUUGGCUUCCUGUCCCACCUGGAAUGAUGGAACGAUGGACUUUACAUGAUAAGCAGAGUAGAAGGACAAGACAGCGGAACAGUUGGAGGAACAGUUUUCAAGCUUUCUCUUUGAUUUUCUAUUUUUUUAUGUUCUUCUUUUUUUUCCUUGCUAACUGUUCCUUGCUUCAAGAGGGGGACUUCUGCACAGGAGCCCAAACAAACUCAUUCAGAUCAGGAGGGAAGUGAGACGCUUGCACAACGUUUUCAAUAAAUGAGGCUUGUGUACCUGUUUAUCUCCCCACUUUCUUACUUUGAUUAGAAUUUUUUUCUCCCCUGGGCUGUGGUGUUUGUGUAUACAUGAUUAUAUGAGUGUGUGUAGUCCCUGAUCUGUCUACAGAGAAACACACCACACUACCACUGGUCCCGAUGGGUGAAAUAGCCUUGAAUUUCAUACCCUUCAUCUCACCUGGUACUCAUAAGAAACACAGAGUUGCCCGGCUGGUAGGCCCAGAAUGUCCCUCUAUUUAACGUCGCACUUAGGAUCCAAAGCACUUAAGUUAUCCCUCCAAGCUAUAUCUGUGCUCUCCAUUUACUCUACCUGGAACCCUAAAUGAGACUUAGGUUUCAGCAGAUGUUCUCACCUUAAAUCUGCAACAACUGAAAGCAACUACCUGGUUCAGUAUUCAGCUUCGUCUCUGUUGUAGGUUCAGGAUACCAUCAGCUCUGAAGGUGAUGGAAACAAUAUUAAGAUUUCAUUUCUUAUUAUUUUGAUCUAACAGGGUUUGUUUGACAAAAUGUUUGUUUGUGUGUCUGCCAAAUGCACCUAAUGCUCUGCUCAUGCCUCUAACUCACAUUUUGUUUUUGUAAGUCUGUGUGUGAUUCUUCGUCAUUGUACAUUAACAUUUCAUCUUCUGUAAAGCCUACUCUCCUCGUGUUUCACCUGGCAGAUAAUAGUAAAACUUCCAAAAUAAAUAAUAGCACACCUUUAAUACAUUAAAAUAUAUCAAUAAUCAGUAAUUAAACAUAUAUUCAGAAUGUUUGUGGAUCAUUUAGGCACAGCUUAAAGUUUAAGACCUAUAUUUCAUCAUCAUCAACAACCAGUUUUGAGGUGCAUCUCAUUAGAUUUUGAAAAGCUUUUACAGUAUCUGUCAGUUGUUACACCUCACGUCUCCCUUCUUUUACCAUCAUCCAGUCCAUCCUGAUCAGUUGGUCCAGUUACGCAUCUGCAGGAGGGUUCUCAUGAUGUGUUUGCCGACUGCAUCGGGUUUCAUGUCAUUUGUUUAUUUGGGCAGAAUGUCCGUUAUGUCUUUGUGCAUGCACGUAGCACAGGCACUCAUCUUAUGCCUCUUGCUCCUUCAGAGAUGAGAUCAAACGCCAUGCCAAAACCAAGGCAAAUGUGCAGAAAAUCUGUCCUCUAAAGUCAAGAAAUGAGGAAAAAUGUAACACUCUGGUGGGUAAAAUGUGUAUUGCAUUUACUCACUCACUGAUUGUUCCACCUGUCACUGUCCAGGGCCGGAUGUUUCCCACUAUUGUGCUUCUUCCUCACUCUCGUCUUUAAACCUCCUCCUCUUAUCUUCCGACGCACCUCUCUCUUUGCAGCUCCUUCAUUUGGACCAUUAUGACUCUUCCCAGCUUGAAAAACUGUCAUAUUUGACUGAAAGGGCCUGAGAGACUGUUAACCCUAUCCAUUCAUUCAUAUGUGUAUAUGGGUAUAUAUAAAUAAUAUGCCGUGCAUUCUGUACAGGUAAAGUUAAUGGAAGUCAUGGAGCUGUUAUCAUGCGCUUGUGUAACAGAAAAUCGGUGAGUUGGUUCAAAAAAAAAAAUAGUUUUAUGUUGUAGAAAGUAAUGUUUGCAUGGUGUACCCCCAUCAGAUGUGCUUUAUUUAUUAAUUUGUGUUUAAAAUAAAAAAAAAAGUGAAAAUAAAAUUGACAUAAAUUAAAAAAAAAAAAAAAAAAAAAA